AUGUUGGCGUCGCGCGUGUGCCGGCCCAGCUGCGGCUCCCUCCUCGCCGCCGCCCGCCCUCUUCCCCGAUGCACGACAACCGCCAUUCUCUCGUCCCGACCUCGCGCAGUCCUCGUCCUUUCUACACGACCGUUCUCCGACACGCCCCGCCGGCGAGACUCGCAAGAUCCCCAUGAGCGCCUCCGGACAGCCCGGCCGCUCGUCCCGCACGCGCUGUCGCGGCGCUUCACGCAAGCUGGCCGGACGCGCAACUCGAAGGCUUUUGCGGCGGCGUGCGUCGUCGCGGCUGUGGCAUUUUACCUCUACAACUCGCAGACGGUGCCCGUGACGGGCCGCCGGCGCUUCAACUUCCUUUCGGACAAGCUGGUGGCCAAGGCGCACGAGCGGGCGGCCGAGGCGGUCAUUCGGCAGGUGCAGGACCAGGGCGGCCACUUUCUGUCGGACUGGGACCCGCGGGCGAUGCUGGUGAGGCGGGUGAUGAAGCGGCUGAUUCCUGUCAGCGGGAUGACGGACCUGGACUGGGAGAUUCACGUCAUUUCGGACAACCGAACGGCCAAUGCCUUUGUCCUGCCGGGGGGCAAGGUGUUUGUGCACAGCGGGAUCCUCAACGUGUGCCGCAACGAGGACGCGCUGGCGGCGGUGCUCGGGCACGAGAUUGCGCACAACACGGCAUCGCACGCGGCGGAGCGGCUCUCGGCGGCGUGGGUGGGCAACCUGACGGCGGGGAGCCUCUUCUUCCUGGCCGGGGCGCUGCCGGGGCUGGCGCUCUUCAGCCUGUGGAGCUUCGUGGGCGGCUUCUACCUGCAGGACCUGCUCUUCUACCUGCCCAUGGGGCGCAAGCAGGAGAGCGAGGCCGACUACAUCGGGCUCAUGAUGAUGGCCGAGGCGUGCUACGACCCGCGCGCGGCGGUGGGCUUCUGGCAGCGCAUGGAGGCGAUUCAGCGGUCGGGCGGGCAGGAGGUGCCCGAGAUGCUGAGCACGCACCCGUCGAACGAACACAGAAUCGCCAAGAUCCACGAGUGGCUGCCCGAGGCGAUGAAGAAGCGCGGCGAGAGCGACUGCCGGGGCACGGCGGCGUUUGCGGACCGGUUCAGGCAGGCACUGCGACGGGGGAAGCCGGUGGACGCAGUGGUUGUGCAGCUGUGA